AUGACGAUCGACAUCAACCUGCUACGAGAGGAGAAGGGUGGUUGUCCAGCUAAAGUGGCUGAAAGCGAGAAACGGAGAGGCCGGGAUCCCGCAAUUGUUGAUGAGCUGGUGGCAGCAGACAAACGAUGGCGCGAGGCCACGUAUAAUAUGGAGCAGGGGAGAAAGGACUUGAACGCGGUGAACAAAGAGAUAGGCCAGCGUAAGAAAGCUGAUCCAAAAUCCCCCUGCGAUGAUCUUGUAUCGAAAACAGCAGCCAUCAAGCAAAAGCUGCAAAGCCUUGAGGCUCAGGCAGCAGAAGCAGCACAAACACGAGACAGACUGCUACGAGGCAUUGGAAACAUCGUGCAUGACUCUGUGCCUGUAAGCAACGAUGAAGCAAACAACAGAGUUGUUAAGACGCCAUCGCGGGUACUACCUGAAGGGGCCCGCGGUGAUGCUUAA